ACUCGUGCGUGGCGUUCUUGACGAUAAUUCGCGCCCCGGCAGCUGAAAGCCACUUUAACCAUGUUCCGUCUCGUCGUCUCGAUAAUGAUGCACGUGCAACUCUGUGUGAGCGGACAGGCAGCUGGUCGCACCUCCGACCACAGAUGGAAGCGGGUUUGUUGAAUCAUGCGUGUUGACAGCGGCAGAGCCACCGCGCUGCGAGCCUCAGCUGCGCGACCAGCAGCACUCUGACAUUGCCCCGGGAUGAAUGGAGCGAGUGCACGCGGUCCAGCUGGCGCUCUGUGAAGAAGCUCAAAGUUGGGAGUAUAUUUCAGGAGAUUCGCUGCUCUGGCUCUUCCACUCUCAUUUGGACAAACACUUUUCUUCAGCGUCUGGUUGAAUCCAGAUUUUCGCUUCUCCCCCCCAUCCCCCGCCAAAAAAGCCAACAACUGUGCAGCUCGACGAUUGGGAACAUAAAUGAUGAAGUUUAAGCCCAACCAGACCCGGAUUUACGAUGGCGAGGGGUUCAAGAGGAGAGCGGCGUGUUUGUGUUUUAAAAAUGAAAAAGAGGACGAGGUGCUACUGGUGAGCAGCAGUCGCCAUCCGGACCAAUGGAUCGUGCCAGGAGGAGGAAUGGAGCCCGAGGAGGAGCCCUGUGGGGCCGCCGUCAGGGAGGUCUACGAAGAGGCGGGUGUGAAGGGAAAACUUGGCAGACUACUCGGGAUUUUUGAGCACAAUAAAGAGAGAAAGCACAGGACGUACGUCUUCACCCUCGUGGUGACGGAAACACUGGAAGACUGGGAGGACUCUGUCAACAUUGGAAGGACGAGAAAGUGGUUCAAAGUAGACGAAGCCACCAGGGUGCUGCAGAGCCACAAGCCUGUCCAUGCAGAGUACCUACGCAGGCUCACCAGCACCUGUAUCGCCCCCUGUGGUCCUGUGUGUAGCCCGACUAAUGGCAACACCCCGAGCUCACAAGGGACGGACGGCAGUACGCCUCACUAUGUCGUCUGCUCCACACAGGGCUCAGAUGUAGCCAACAGAUAGGACCUGCAGCAGCAGCAAGCAGUUCUUCUCGAGGACAACGCAAUGGACAUCUGGAAGAGACUUCUGCAUUGGUUGCUUUGACUAACGCAGUCUCUUAAUAUGUACAGUAUGGACUUCCUUUAAAUUGAUUUGAAGCCCAUUUUUAAGGAGUGCCAAUAUGUUUUACAAGUUAUAUUUAAGAUUUUAUGUGUAUAUUUUGUAAACAAAUAUCAACAGCUAGUGAAGCAAAUGUUUCCUUGAAAAAGUAUUCAGCUCUCGAUGGAUUUUCUCCGUGAGCUGCUUCUGCAGUGCCGGUCCAGUCUUUAGUGCAGAAUAUUUGAUGAGCAGUGCACACAAGUAUUUGAGUUGUUUCUUGGGAAGUGUUUGCUCUUAGAGGAAGUCAUACCCCCACAAUGACUCAGUGCCAAAUAAUUUCCUUCGUUAAGAUGUUUUGAAGAGGACCGGUUACGUGUGAAUGAGUCACUUAUGACGAUUAUUUUUUGUGCGAAUUGUUAGGACACUUUAGGGCAGCAAAAAUGUAUGUCACCUGACUACAAAUCAAGUCCUGUGAGGUAUUCAGCCCAAUAAAAGCUAAGGGGCAAAGUCUACUUUGAUACAAGUGUGAACAGACAUUGCUCCUCCUAUAAUUACCAGUUUACAAAUGCACACAGUGUUACCUCUAAUCACUAGUAAGAGUUUAACUCUGUCAUAAAGAUAAAGCAUCAUACCAGCCUCCACAAUAAAUGGAGACUUAGAUUCUUCUUCAUGCAUCUUUUGGUCUGUAUAGUUAAUGUUUUCAGGUUGACUUAAAUCAAACAAAUAACAGUGUAUUGGUAGUUAGAUAAAUGUCAGCUCCUGUAUAAUGGAAAUAAACUGUAGUCAGCGUAAUCAAAAUGAGCAAACGUGCCAAAGAAAGACUAUUCAAUACUAUACCGACAGAAGACACUUUACCUAUUAAGUGUGUUUGACUAAUUGUCCUGUUACUGUUUGGGCUGAGAGGCCUUUUGAUUUGCUCGAGAAUUACAAUGUGCUUUAUAGUCUGAUUCUCCCAAGUGCCUUCAUAAACAAUAGUAAAUUGUGUUUUGUUUGUCGACACUGCACCUCACACCCACCAGCCCUUACUGAAAGCAGUACAAUCUGCACUGGCACAAAAUGUCAAAACUAGACCCUAUUUUUCCUCAGCUUUGGUAAGAUUUAAACAAUUGGAUAUUGAAAAAAGUGUUACAAUUUAAUGUACAGUAUUUAGUUUGCAUUGUAGGAUAUUAUUUAUUUGUGUUUCAAUGGGAGAAAACUCCCUCACAUCAUGAACAAACUCAGUCAUGGUAGUCCGGAAGUCAUGGUCAGUGUGCCAGCGCAACAUUAAAAAAGAAAUUUUAAAAAAUCAGUGUAUUGAAUAUUAUGGGCUCUUCUUGAUAAACUUUUUCUAUUUGUGUUUGUGAAUGGACUUUUCUGCAGUGUGCCAUGGUGUGGUAUAUAACAACUUUAAAUAAUAAAAAAAGUGUAUUGAUCAUC